GAUCUGAGUACAGUUACUGUGGCAACGCGAAAACAAGAAGCUCGCGGGCAGAUGAGGGAAAAUGUCAGCAAGGAGAAAUGAAAGUGCAAAGGAGGAAGACAAGGAGACCUUCUCAGAGGAGGAGGAGGACUUUGAGGAGGCGAUGAGGGAGGCUGCCUCCUCCAUUGCUUCCACAAGCAAACCUGGACCAUCUAAACCACGAAUCAUAACCAGAAUUCCCGAGGCAGUGGACGACUUCCUGAGGAACUUUCUGCGCAGAGCCGGCCUAAGCCGAACUCUGAACUGCUUUGAGACGGAGUGGUACAGUUCAGCUCAGAAACUCCUGGCAGAAAGUCUACCGAUGGCAGCGACAGGUGUCUUCUUCAUCCCUGACGCUCUCACACACAACCAGCUCCUCCAGAGUGAGCUGAAGGCGGUCCGGAGGGAGACGGGCUUGUUGAAACAGGAGGUGCUGGUCGCAGGGGAGAGCCUGGUGAGGAUGCAAAGAGAGAGAGAUUUCCACCGCCUGCAGUACCGACGAGUUGCGGAGGACAAAAACAGGCUGAUCGAGGACUUCAAACAGCUGAAGACGCACCUGGAGUCCUACGAGCCGGCUCUGAGACAGCUGGACGACAAAUACCAAGCGGCACUGAGGCAGAAAAUGCUCAUCAGUUUACAAAAGGAACGAGUUCAAAACGCAACAGGAGCUAAACUAAAUCGGGAAAAAUCACAAAUAAAGAAAGAGAGAAGCAUCGAAAGGAGCAACAGCGCAGAUAAAUCAGAAGCAAAAAGCCCUACAGACAGGCAUCCAAAGGACACGGAGUUUCCCGUCUGCAGCAGGCUGGUCAACUCUCACCUGGCUCAGGGGAAUUCUGAAAAAGUGAAAAGCCUCAGUUCAUUCAGCUUGUCCUGCUCCAUCAGGGCCCACAAGCUUCCCAUCAGCUGUAUCGACCUCCACCCACGGAAACGCAUCCUCGCCUCCGCCAGUGAUGACUGCACCUGGAAGCUGUGGGCGCUGCCAGCCAACGGAGAAAAGGUUGGUCAGAUGGUACUGACAGGUGAGGGUCACUCUGAUUGGCUGUCUGCCUGCAGUUUUCACCCCGAUGGAACAAAACUGGCAACAACCAGUGGCGACUCUAUGGUGCGGCUCUGGGACUUCUCUCUUGGCUGCUGCGUGUUGACGCUGUCAGGUCACACCCAGCCCACCUGGGGCUGCUCCUUCCACUCUUGUGGUCACUUUCUGGCUUCUUGCUCUGCGGACAGAACAGCCAAGCUGUGGGACCUGAACAGCCAGCGCUGCCGCCUCACCCUGCGUCACCACACCGUCUCCGUCAACACCGUCUGCUUCCUGCCAUUCUCUAACCUGCUCCUCACCGCCUCAGCUGACAAAACCCUCGCAAUGUGGGACGCCCGGCUGGGGAUCUGCACCGCUGCUCUCCGUGGACACCAGCACCCCUGCAACCAUGCUGCCUUCAGCCUGGCGGGGAGCCUCCUGGCAUCAUGUGACUCCAGCGGCAGCAUCAACCUGUGGGACAUCAGGAAACCUGUGGUGCCUGUGGCGACAAUAAAUGCUGGGCCGCUGGCCGCCAACCAGGUGGCGUUCAGCCCAUCGGGGAAGACACUGGCUGUUGCUAGCAGUGACAGUCUGGUCAGAUUGGUGGAGGUGGAUUCCCGCGUGGCGAGCAGCCUGUCGGGACACAGCGAUAGUGUGCAGAGUGUGACGUUCGACCACAAGGGGGAGACUGUGAUUUCAGCAGGGAGUGAUGGACUGAUUAACAUCUGGUUGUGACAUAACAUGAACAAACUGCUAAAGUGAAGCCAGUGGAGGAUAUUUUAGAUGAUGAUCUGAUCUUAUUAUCCUCCUGUCAGUGUGGUUUUUAAGAAUAUUGUUUUGUUUAGGUCACCCAAAAAUAAACAUUUUCUAAUAAA